ACUUCUCUCUCACAUCUGGAGGGUAUCUGGUGUGGCUGUGUGACUGCUUGCCUGCUAUGGGACAGCCUGUGUUUGGACUGGACGUCAGACUUCAGUGCGUUUCAGCUAACGUUGGUCGGAAGGGCCCUUGCACGUGGUGAGGACUGAAGUUUCAGAAACAGAGCCGGCUGUCUUUUAUUGUUGGUCUGGAGAGCUCAGCAGUGGACAUGGCAUUUCCCAAGCAUUCCAUCCUGCAGGCGUUGAGUGUGCUGCUCUUGGCCUGGGUGUUGGUGCGUUGCCAGGCCCACGUCGAACCAGAGGAGGAGGAGGAUGAAGAACCAAUAAAGGAGGUGGACAUCGCAACAGAGGUGACGAAACCUGAGCCGAUCGAAUGUCCGCCAGAUUGCAGCUGUACGACGGAGGGGGCAGUUGACUGCGCAGGGGUGGACCUCACAGAGUUCCCUGCUGACCUGUCUGAUACGACGCGGCAGCUCUCUCUGCAGAACAACAAGAUCGAGGAGAUAACCGUGGAGCACAUUUCCCAUCUGCAUCAGCUCGAGACUCUUAACCUCCAGAAUAACUGGCUCACCACAGAUGGCCUUGAAGACGAAGGGUUUGAAAGGCUGGAACAGCUGGCUUAUUUAUACCUGGCAAAUAACAAGCUCCAAUAUGCACCAAAGGUCCUCCCGCCCUCUUUGGUUAGUGCUGAUUUUGCUGCUAAUCAGCUCACAAGGAUCUAUCCAUACACAUUUGGACAAAAACCAAAGCUGAGGUCUGUGUAUCUCCACAACAACAAGCUGACUGAUGCGGGGCUUCCUGAUCACAUGCUCAAUGCUUCAGACAACCUGGAGAUCCUCACCAUGUCCAGCAACUUCCUGCGGGUCGUCCCCAAGAACCUGCCCUCCAGUCUUUACCGCCUUCACCUGAAGAACAAUAAGCUGGAGAAAAUCCCAGCAGGGGCGUUUGACAACUUGUCCAACCUCAGAGAGCUGUAUCUCCAGAACAACCUCCUCAGCAACGAGGGCAUGGACAACGAGACUUUCAGUCAGCUGAGCAGCCUUGAGUGUCUGGACUUGUCAAAUAACAACCUGAGCGUCGUUCCCAAGGGUCUGCCUCGCAAUCUAGUGCUGCUACACCUGGAGAAAAACUCCAUCCGAAGCAUCCCAGGAGAUGCUCUGACUUCUGUCAGAAACCUGGAGUACCUGCUCCUCCACAAUAACAAGCUCCGCUCCCGUUCUAUCCAUCCGGCUGCAUUCCAGGGCCUGAAGAAGCUCCACACGCUGCACAUGUACAACAACUUGCUGGAGCGUGUUCCCAGGGGUUUGCCACGGCGAGCCAAGACCCUAAUGCUGCUCCACAACUCCAUUAACGAAAUUGGACGCAAUGACUUGUCCCUGCUGUACACCCUGACAGAGCUCAACCUCAGCUACAACAAGCUGUCCAGCCCCAAGAUGCACCGCGAGGCUUUCAGGAAGCUGCGUGUGCUGGAAACCCUGGACCUGUCGGGGAACAGCCUUUACUCGAUGCCCAUGGGUCUUCCUCGCAGUCUGCAAGUGCUUGAAAUCAAGAACAACCAGCUCAACUCCAUACCGGACGGUGCGCUGACCGGCAUGGAGAAGCUACGGAAGCUGGUCCUGAGUGAUAACCAGCUGAAACUGAACUCGGUCUACCAGGGAGCCUGGAUGGAGCUCGGGGCGCUAUCAACGCUAGACCUGUCCGGCAACCAGCUAUCCCACAUCCCCUCUGACCUGCCUGAGUCCCUGGAGUACCUUUACCUGCAAAGUAACCGCAUCUCCAGCGUUCCCGCUUCAGCUUUUGAAGGCACUCCGAACAUCAAAGGCAUCUUCCUCCGGUUUAACCGCCUGUCUGUGGACUCCGUGGACGAGAGCUCUUUCGCACACCUGUCCAACUUACAAGUGCUGGACAUCGGCACAGGAAACGCCGACCUCCCUUUUAAAAAAGACGAGACGGAGGGCGAUGAGAUGAUGGAGGAGGAGGAGGAAACAUAAGAUACGCUCAAUUCAACUGACAUUGGACUGCGUCGUGUUGAUGACAGAGAGGACUUUUAAAUGGGAAUGAACCUGUGAAUGUCGUUUCCCAGGUCCAUUUUUGUGUUGUGCUGAGUGUGCAGAGUCACGUAUUUCUGGUGCAGGAUACCGGAUGAAGUUGCUUUAGUUUCCAUUUGUUGGGCUGGUUAGAAAUGCAUAUAUAUCUGAGCUUUAUUGUUUGUUUUUGACGAUUGACGUGACACAUCGAUCACUUAAUUGUGUAUGUUUAUUCUAAAAAAUCAUUCAGAAAAGUCAAUGUGAAACUUCCCAUGUAAAUGUUCCUGAAUCGAUAUCAAACAUGCGAGCAGAGCGGAAAAAAGUGCAGAUUGUGCUCCCACUGUUACCUGCUUUCUUUUCUAAAUGGCUGCCUUGACAUUUAAAGGGGAUUUUACUGGUGAUACUGUGAAACAGUUUGUCGCAAGGGUGGAAAAAUGAGCAGCCUGAGUCCCACUGAAACGAGCAAAGCCACAGAUUCGAUCUAGAAGCAUCCAAAAAACUCAUCCAAAGGUUCUGUUUGAGCAAGGACUUGGCAACAGUGGAGAGGACACUCUAAAAAAUUUUGGAUAAACCUCAUGAUCUGGAUUCAAAAAACAUUAAAUGGGUCCUUCCUUGGCUCAUGCUCCAUGUCUUCCCCAAGUAUCAUGAAAAUCAGCUCAGUAGUUUUUUGCCUAGUCCUUCUGAGAGACAGAAAAAAUCAACAAUUGGUGAUAUAGAAAAGAAAGAAUAACAAAAAGCUGGACACCUUCUGAAAGCUUCAAUCCCUAAAGGCCUCAUUAUAUCAAGCACAAUUCAGGUCUUUUCGAAAAAUCACUGAAUUUGUAUUCUGGAAAUGCGUUUUGAUUGUUCCUGGCAGGUUCUGCCUUUCCCACAUAGAAUACAGAUUGAAGGUGUCCUGUGGAGUUUUCAAACAGUCAUGCAUUGUGUUUACAUCCCAUUUCAGUAACCUAAGCACAUCCUCAAAGCCUAAAUAAUGUGUUGAAUGCAUUUACUUCCUUUCUCAUAACACAUUUGCCAAGCCAGCAUUCUCAGGCAUUUUAAAUUCAGCAUCGUUCCACGUUUAUUCACUACCGGUCUUAUUUUUUUCCUGCUUUUCAAAGGUCAAAACCCCCACAGGGAGCCUUUGAAUAUCAACGCACAACGGAUUCAUAGGAAGUUAUGCAUAAACAUGUUGGACGUGAUACAAUUAGUUAACUUAAUUAAAAAUUGAUAUUGAGUUAAUUUGAAUUCCAUUAAACACUCCAAAAUUGACAAA